AUGUGGACGAGCUGGUUUGGCGGCUUCUCCGAACCAUCCGACUAUGCCACCGCCGAAAUGCCAGACAUCAAUGUUCAAGCAGUCCUUGUCUCUGCCAUUUUUGUAAUACCAUAUCUGGCAUUUCUGGUAAUUCUUCCUGGAGUUCGAGAGAAGCGCAUCAUUACCCUAGUUAUAAUUACUGUUGUCACCCUAACGGGAGCAGUUUUGGCAGCCUCCCUAUGUCUUCCGGGAUGGGCCGGAGGUUCCGCAAGAAUUCUCUCUCAACUUAGGUCUCACGUGAACGAACGGAUGCGAGCGCGUGUAGGAGUGAACGUUGGCCUUAAGAGCAUCAACAUCACUUUACGAUUUGAAGAAAUGGUGGAACCAGAUAGACAAGGAUCUCGAAUAGAUAUGAGUCGACUUUACUACAAUGAAAACUUCGACAUUUCCGGAGUUUCCUCUAUGACGGAAGAAUUACGAUCGGCCUACCGACGCGGCCUACCGUAUCCGAUUCUAAGUAUACUCGAAUACUUUUCCCUCAAUCAAGAUGCCUUCGACUGGGGACGACAUUACCGGACGGCUGGUCACUACACAUCUGCCGCCAUCAGUUUUGCGCUAUCAUGCUGGGCGCUUGCCGUCGUAUUCGUCCUACUAGUUCCGCAUCAUUUCGGUUUGGUAAGUUUCGAUUCAGGUGCUUACUUCUCACUUUACUCAGAAUAUGCCAUUCAGGCAAUGCUGGCCACUGGGCUAUCAGCACUGUUCGCCUGUCUGCUCUAUCUGAUCAUGUCUCCUUGUGAAUUACAAAUCGGAUUCGUCGGAACACAGGGGAACCGUAUCGUCAUGAAAAUGAGUUUCCAAUGGGCCUUCUACUGCGUUUUUGCCGUGGGGCUUCUGGCAGUGCUUGUCGGUCUAAGUCUGAUAAUUCUGCAACAUUACCACUUCUAUAGUCUUUCAACAUUUUUGGAAGCACGCUUGGAUGAGACAGUCAAUCCGAACAAAACCAGACAAUCCGACGUCGCACAGGAUCUCUCAAAUAGCUUACAAGUGAUGCGUCGUACGAAAAAUUCGGCUCCAAGCUCUGUGACCAGUGAAAAAAAGACCGCUUCAAGUGGAUUCCAAUCGAGAACCAGUUAUACUGGGUCGAUGAGCAUCCCUUGUUCAGGAGCCAAUCCUCUUUCGAAUCUGUCCACGGUGAGCUGCAGCGGUCGGCGUCAAAUCUAA